AUGGCGCUACUUAGAUUUUUCUUCAGGAAGGGUGGAGGACCCCUCAAGGGCAAGGUGACAGCUCAAUUGCUAUUUGGAGCCCAGGUGUGCAGCGUUGCAGCCUCUCUGCGCUUUCAAAAAGGCAAGGCGGGAGGCUAUGGGUCGUCUAAGUCGGGUCCAUGCCAUGGAAAGUGCGAUGGAGUGAGUGUAUCUUGCAGUCUCUCUUGCCUUGGCCCCCGCACGCGUCGGGGAGGGUCAGGAAUUCCCCGUCCCGCUCCCUGUAACUUGCGAGGAGAGGAGACUGUCGGGCAGGCUUCCCUUUUGCAAGCCCUCGAAGGCGGGUCCUCCUGGGCAACGAAGAGAGCCUUCCGGCAAGUGGACUCCGUUUUUCCAGCCCGCCGUGCCCUUUUCAGCCCCGCAGGGGGCAGCCGGACGGGCUUUCUAAGGGCUGGCCAUGGGGAUGAGAGUCAAGCUCUUCGCGGCAGAACUCUCGAAAGGUCGCACGAGAGUUCUGACCACGGUAAUGGAGGCGGUGGCCUGGCCCAGCCCAGGGAGCAGCCCAGCAACGGCUCCGGUGGGGAGAUGGUGGUGGCAGCGGCGGCAGCAGCGCGGCCCAGCCCAGGGAGGUGACUGGGCGCCAGGAAGAGGAGGCCACCAAGAAGAGAAGAGAGCAGCCCGGCUAGGUGGGCAGUGGAGCUGCGCCCGGCCAGGAAGGA